AUGGAGUGUGCCUUCGCUUCCCGUUAUUGGAGUGUUUGGCGUCAAACAGCACAGGCAUAGCAUAGGGGCAGCACUUACACCACUACCGCUAUAUACCAGUGCACUAAACCAACACAACCAGAGAAAUCUAUGUAUAGGACAACCCUAUUGAGCGCUCACGAGAUGUAAUAUCCGCGCAUACAUUGAGUGGCACAGGGAGUACAACGAGGAUAGGGAGUCAACACUGGCAAAGGCAACCAAACAUCACAACAACACAUAUGACUACACUUAUGGUGUCGUUGUGUCCAACACUUGAUCCUAUUGUCAAUGACCUUAUCGUUUGGUAGUAGUGGCCAAUCAACACAUUAAUUUCGACGGCAAAGUGUCCGCACACCAAAACCUCUUAUACUAUAUAUAUUUAAUUACAAGAUAUUAAUAGAUAAUUAACGGGAAAACCAACGCCAGACCGACAACUAAUGUUGUAGUCAUUGAUUUGACUGUCAGUCAGUGGUUUUAAUUGACAUUAAUGUGUUGUGAUAUCCAUUGAUUGCCGAAGUUGUCCGCAAACAUGGAUAAAAAGUUGCAAAAGUAUUUUUGCAUAUUUUGUGACAAUUGUAUCACUUUCGAGACAAUGUCUGAAGCCUACAAUCAUUACAAGAAUCACAUGAAAGUACAUUACUAUUGCAACGAUUGCGAUAAUGACCGCAAAUGUGUGGAAGAAGACCACAAUAGCAAUGAUAAAACAUUAAGUGUCGACGAGACGGGUGUCAUCGAGAUGUGGAUCGAACGGUUCCUCUCCUACCAGAGCGAAGUCAUCGAUAAGACAUAUAGCGAUCUAUUCAAGAGUUGUAAACUAUUUACCGGUUGUGCCGUCUGUCAGACAUUUCUAAGACUGAGUGCCGCCAAUGAUGUCAAGUUUGCAAAAGGAAACGUCCAGUGGUCACAUAACGAGGCACUUCCUAAUGAGGUCCGACAUGUGUGUAGUCAUCUCAGGUACUAUCCGUUUGAAUGCAACAAAUGCGAGUCCGAUGGUCGCUACCACAAGAAGUGUGAUUUAGCCGAAAUCACUAGACAUAUACGGAACAGUCAUUCAUAUAGUCUUAGAGAUAAUCAAUUGGAGACUUUGGUUAAAAUAGUGAAAAUUAAUAAACUCGAAGAAUUUAUUCACUAUUGUUGUGCUCAACGCAAAAGCAAUUCACAGUCCAUCGCACCUCCAGAUGUUCCGACGCCAACCAGAACUUCCAAACGAGUCUUAAGUCAAUCACAGAGAACUCCGACCGAACAACAUGUUAAAUGUCUUAUCAAAAGAUCGAGAAUUGAAACAAAAAUUAUACCAAUUGUUUGCGACAAUGAUUGUAAUAGUAAUCUAAAUGAACCAAUGAUUAAGAUUAGCGGAUCAGAUGUCAUAACUAAAAGAUCUAAAUCAACAGAUAAUACUUCAAGCGGUUCUCUAAGAUUUAAUCCGCAAAAGAUUAAGACUGAUUCUCAAAAGAAAAUUGUAAUGAAAAUUAACAGACAUUCACUGAUCAAAUCAGAUAAAGUGGAGAUCAAAUUCAAACCAAUUGUAAAGACUUAUUCAAAUUUAUCCACAAAUAUGUCUAUAAAAACCAAACAAAAUCUCAUUUCUGGAGAUCAAAUAAUUAUUAAGAAAUCGGCCGAAGUGUGUAAUAAAAGGAGUCAAAGUACUGGCGCUAUAAUAAAGACCAAACCAGUUGUCUAUACGAAUACAAACUUUAAUUUGAGUCAACAGUUUUCAGAUUUAAUGGACACUGAAGAUUGCAAUCAGUUUCAACAGAUUGACAUAAAUGAACACAACUUCAACAGUGAGUCCAAUACCGGCUAUUUCUGUAUUUUUUGUACCGAAAACUUUACGGUAAAAGAGAUUGCAUAUCAACACAUCCAGAAACAUAUUGACUAUUAUCCCAUUGUAUGUCUACUAUGUGGUGAAGGUAUCACUGAUAUACAAGAAUUUAUUAAACAUCACCGGCAAACACAUCCUAAAGCUGUCAAAGGAAAAUAUAAGAAAAAAGAACAGCCAUUAUAUGACAAAUGGAUUUCUGCAUAUCUUUACUCACAGACAACAAUGAUUCGGUCAUUUCCGCCACGAGAGACCUGUCCGGUAUGUGAUCGGGUGUUCGCCAAACAAGAUAUCAUGAAGAAUAAACCCAGAAGAUGUACUAUCAAUAGAAAGAUUGAUCACCUCUACAGACAUUUAAGUUAUUUGCCGUAUGAAUGUGUUUUGUGCAAACAGGCGGGUAAUGAGUUUUACGUGGCUUACUUUGAAAGCAAAGCGCACAGUCAUAUCAAAUUAAAACACCCGGAAAUAGAUGACAACGAAGCCCGAUGGGAUGUCUUUCAGAAAACUAUAUCGAUUCCCAAAUUGGAUGAAUUUAUAGAAAACUAUUUGACACAAUUUGGAAUUUCAAUGCAAAUGGAGAGACGACCAGUCAAGAAGUCAUUAAAAUAUGGUUCCCCUAAUGACACCACUAAUGAAAUGGAUGACAAAAAAACAGUCGAUUCACUUGAAAUUGCAAAUACUUCCCUUAAUUUAAAUUUAAAUAUGAUUUUCUCCAAUAAUAUUGAUUCUUUGGAUUCACCGCACAUCUCUCCGCGAUCUAAUAAUAAUAAUAUCAUCACUUAUACCAAAGUUGUUAACAAAGAUGAAGUUAAACCAGAGGUCGACAUAUUUUUACUGAAUAAUAAUAACGACAAAAAAUCAGUUCUUAAUGAGAGUAACAAUAAUUCCAAUGAUAGUGAUAUGAUAGUCAAUGUCUCGCCUUUACCAUUGAUAGAGAGGAAUGCCGGCAAUGUAUGCGAUGAUGAACUUUAUUUCUGUAUAUUUUGUCCUGAAGUCAAAUACUUCACUAAAAUAGAGGCCUAUUCUCAUUACGGCUCACACAUUGACUAUUUGCCGGUUAUGUGUAAUAUAUGCGAUACAAACUUCUCAGAUGUCGAUCAUCUUAUGUCACAUCAUAAGUCUGAACACUCGACACGAGCUGAUGUCGAUUAUGAGAUAUGUGAAGAUCAGACACUUGUUAAAUGGGUCAAUGAGUUUCUUGACUCUCAAAUUUUAUUUAAAAAAGUGAUGACCUGUUCCUGUAGUUAUAAUUGUCCCGUUUGUAUCAAGUUGUUGGGCAAUCAGAUAUCUGAUAGUGUAAUGCCUUGUUUUCGACACAAUGACGUUCAAUUCAGUGGUCACAUCCAUAAGCAUUUAAAUUACUUUCCUUAUGAAUGUAUUAUUUGCAAAAGAAAUGGCCGUAUAGUUCGAGUGCCAAACUUGGAUUCAAUAGCAAUAAAUCACAUGAAAGAGCAUAAGUUGGACGGAUCGUCCAUGUCUUUGGUCAUCAAAAACUUUCCCAAGACUUUGGUUAUUCCACGACUCGAGAGACUGAUUGGUGACUGUGUUUACCGAAAACGUGUUUCGGAAAAGAAGAAUCGCAUUGAGUUUAAUCCAUUGCAUCACAAUAUCUCUAACGAUAAUAGUAUUUCAAUUACUCCAUUGAAUUGUGAAGUAUCGCCACCUUAUACUAGGAAACAACACAUACGUCUUGAAGGCGGACGAGUUGUCAAUUUACCGCCGAAGUCUAUCUUAGAGAUCACCGAAAUGAUUCCCGGUUCAAACGGUUUAUCAACUAUGGCUCAAUAUCGAUGUCUUCAUUGUUCCAAUCGUUUUGCAAAUAAGAGAUUAUUUAAAAUACAUCACAACCAAACUCAUGAGGGAAAGCCUAUUCUCUGCUCAAAGAGUGCUUAAUUGCAUAUAUUUU